AGUACUGGACUGUGCGGUCUGGGAAACCCCACUCCUGACAGGGCGACCGCCCCGCUGUGCCCCUGGACAGAAGUCGGCAUGAGGCGCCCCCUGAACGCCGGCUCUGCCCACGGCCCUGCCUGGAACGGACUGCUGCUAACAGGCACCCUGCUCGCAUCCUGCAUCUGCCCUGCCUCCUCGGAGCUGCCCUCCUCUGCGCCUCCAGACGUCUUGACAGAAGGAGCCAGUGCUCACCUUCCCGUCCCCAGGAACCUCGAUGGCAUUCUCUCCACUUCUUGGUUCCGAGGGCACAGGGCCCAGCAAGAAGCCAUGGUCUCCUCCCCCGAGGGCCGCCCGGAGCCCGGACACACUGACGCGGGCAGCGACACUGCGGUGCUGGACACCAGCAGGGGACGCAGGAGUGUGACCGAGCAGGCACAUGUCAGGGCCCAGGUGCUGCUACACACAUUCCCGGAGACUUUGCGGGGCGUCGUCCAGAGUGAACUCAACUACUCGGUGAUCCUGAGCUGUCUGGCUGCAUCCAGACCCACACCCGUGAUUUACUGGACCUUCAACGGGCAGCCCCGAGGGACAGGGGAGAAGCUGGUCAUCCGGCGGUUGUCCAGGGAGGACUUGGGUACCUAUAUGUGCGUGGCCAAGAACAGCCAGGAACAGCUCUCCUCCGAGCCUGUAAAGGUCUCCCUGCCAGAAGUCGACAUGGAUUCCACAGACGAGCCCGUCGACCUGGACCCCAUUCUCACGGUGUCAGGAGGAUCUGCCAUCGCCCUCCUCCUGGCCGGAUGUGCCGGGUUGGUGGUGGUGAUGGUAGGAAUUGGCUCCGCCAUCGCCCAGGCCCAAAGGACUGACAGGCGAAGAAUACGAAGAUGCUGCUGAAACGGCUGCUCAGUGCUUCUCCCUCCACGAGGAGAAAACACCAUCCCACAGCUUCUACGUCUGUAACAGCGCUGUUUCAGGGAACGGCCCACCUUAGCCCA